UCAUUGCUUAUUGGGCGUCCUUCGUCGCGUUUUCGGUAUGCCUGCCGGUUUAGUGGGGUGAGAAGCUUAAGUUUCUUGGGUCUUGGCGCGCUUUCAUAAAUUUCAUUAAAGUGAAAAAAGUCGCAAAAUUGGAAUUGGAUUGGCGAAAAAAAGUCACAAAAUGACGAAUUUGAAGCCGCUACAGUGUCUUAAUUUAGAUAAAUCGCAGCAGAAAGCAUUCAUGGAAUUCUACAGCUCGCUGGGAGAGAAACCGUCCACCACGAUAAGAAUCUUCGAGCGUUCCGAGUACUACAGUUGCCACGGUGAAGACGCUCUGCUGGUGGCAAAGUUGGUGUUCAAAUCCACUAACUCGGUAAAAAUAAUGUCAUCGGAAUGCAUCGAAUUGCCGUACAUCUCAUUAAGCAAAUCCAACUUUGAAGCCCUUAUUCGAGAUUUACUGCUUGUCCGUAACUAUAGAGUUGAGGUAUAUACGAAAUCAAAACAGAAAAAAUCCUCCAACGAAUGGCAGGUUGAGUUUAAGGGCUCGCCGGGCAAUUUGGCCCAUUUCGAGGAUGUUCUGUUCAGUGAUACUAAUGCAAUGGUCAAUGGUUCGGCUUUGGUCGCUGUACAAGUGCGCCAUGAGGCACGGGCCCGUUCAAUCGGACUAGGAUACAUUGAAGCCAACGAAUGGACCAUGGCCGUUGUGGAAUUCGUCGUCGAUGAUUUUUACUCUGAGCUUGAGGCUCUUAUUGUCACUCUCAGCCCAAGGGAAUGUCUUCUUCCUACCGUUGGAGGCGAGUACGAGAAGAUCGAGCAAGUUUUAAAACGGAACAAUGUGAUUGUCACGGUGCGGAAGAAAAAUGAAUUCCUAAAGAAUGCUACGGAGAUUAAAGACAAUCUAGAUAAGUUGAUACGCUUUCGCGAAGGCCAACAGCAAAACGCAAACACUGUCCCAGCGAUGUCAAACACUUUCGCCUUGAUGUCUUUGGGAGCCGCCAUAAACUAUCUGGACCUAUUGCAGGAAACAGGAAACCAUGGAAAAUUCCAGCUCAAUGUGCUCGAUUGCAGACGUUACGUACAUUUGGAUGCGGCAGCUGUUUCGGCACUCAAUCUUUUUCCAAAACCAGGAACAUUGAUAAAUUGCAGAACCUACCGCUGGCGAAGCGUACUCGGCGUAGUGGACAGAUGUCGCACACCGCAAGGACACCGAUUGGUUGCCCAAUGGAUCAGGCAACCACUUCGGGAUCAUGCAAUUAUCAACGACCGACACGAUAUCGUGGAAUGUUUUGUCAAAGAUUCCGCGUUGCGUACUGAAUUAUAUGACAAUCAUCUAAAAAAGCUUCCCGACAUUCAGCUUAUCCUCAAGCGUCUAAUUCGCAGAAAGUCAUCUUUGCAAGACAUUUUCCGAUUGUAUCAGGUGACUCUACGUAUGCCCAAAAUUUUAAAUCUGCUUGCCAAUGGCGAUACGCUGAACUCGCCUGCUAUAAUGAAGAUUAUAUACGAACCGCUGAAAGACACUAUUGGAGACUUAAAACUGUUCAAAUCCAUGGUGGAACAGAUCAUCGAUUUGGAGGCGAUAGAACGUGGCGAAUAUCUUGUUAAGGCAACGUUUGAUAAGAGACUGGAGGAGAAAAAAUUAGAAAUGGAUAAUCUGGAGUCAAAAAUGAAGCGCCAACUAUCAGCAGUUGCCAGCGAUAUCGGGCUUGAAGCUGGCUCUUCUAUCAAACUGGAGUUUGUUAGCCACCUUGGAUUUCAUUUUCGCAUAACACUGAAGGACGAGACAGCAAUACGAAAAAACUCUCGUUAUAGGGUGCUAGACACUGUUAAAGGAGGCGUUAGAUUCACAAACAGCCAAUUGACUGACACAAACAGCCAAUUUUGUGAGCUCAAAAAAGAAUAUGAAGAUCAACAGCAAAUUAUCGUCUCUGAGGUAAUACGGGUUGCUAUUGGAUAUGCAGAACCCUGGUCAAUAUUAAAUAACCAAAUCGCGCAACUUGACUGCUUGGUUGGUUUUGCUGUCGCAGCGGUAUCGGCACCCCUUCCUUACGUCCGUCCUAAAAUGCAUCAUCAGGGCAGCCCAACUGUGCUGAAACUUACGCAGAUUCGCCACCCGUGCUUGGAGCUACAGGAGGAUGUUAAUUUCAUCCCUAAUGAUGCCAUAUUCGAUUCUGAAACAGCGAACAUGCAUAUUAUUACAGGACCGAACAUGGGUGGCAAAAGCACAUACAUUCGGUCGGUCGGUGUAGCCGUACUAAUGGCGCACAUAGGUGCUUUCGUCGCCUGUGAUGAUGCAGAGAUGUCAAUCAUGGAUUCGAUCCUAGGACGCGUUGGAGCUGAUGAUAAUCUCUCCAAAGGCCUUAGCACGUUUAUGGUUGAAAUGAUAGAGACUGCUAGUAUAGUUAGAAGUGCUACGCCAAAAUCUCUCGUGAUUAUCGAUGAACUUGGUCGCGGAACAUCGACAUACGAAGGUUGCGGUAUUGCAUGGUCUAUUGCUGAGUGGCUUGGGCGAGAAAGCAAAUGUUUCACGCUCUUCGCAACACAUUUUCAGGAAAUAACUGAUAUGGCCAACUAUUUACCUAACGUUCGAAACUCCCACAUGAAUGCCAUUGUUGAUAAUAAACGUUUAACUUUAUUAUAUCAAGUAAAGGAGGGCAUUAUGCAGAAAAGCUUUGGAAUACAAGUUGCCAAACUUGCAAAUUUUCCUUCCGUAGUUGUUGAGCUUGCACAACAAAUGUACGAUGAAUGCGAAGAUCAAUGGAGUAAUCUGGAACAAAACAAUGAUGAAAAGGGAUUAACAAUCUUGCAAAAAUGCUAUGAUGAAAUAAUUAAAUUCGAUGCGAAGCAGCCUCAAAAAUUAACUCCUGGACUAUUAAAAGAAUUGCAAUCUUUGCUGGGCCAUUGAUGAAAAUCGUUUAAUUAUAUUAAACCUGUACACCACCCCGUGGUUGCCUGUAUACGAAUAUUUUGAUGUUUUUGAAAUGUUUUUGAAUUUACACGGUCGACAUAUAAAUCGAAGGGCCUCCCUUAAAAAAUAUAAAAAUAUAAUUCUGUAGGUGCAAGUAUUCUGCCGAAAAAUAAAUCGACGACAGUGGAACGAUUUGUUCAUUAA